AUGAAUUACCUCAGAUCCUUAGUCUCAGGACAAAAGAAAAGAUAUCGUGAAGACGGGUAUAACCUUGACCUCUCAUACAUCACAGAGCGAAUAAUUGCAAUGGCAAUUCCAGGUGAAGGACUUACCAAAAUCUACAGAAAUCCACUCGAAUCAGUUUCUAAAUUUUUAAAUGAACACCACAAAGGCAAUUAUAUGGUGAUCAAAAAUUAUUAAUGUUUUUUUAUGAAAAAAUAAUUAAAUAAAAAAAAUUAUUACUCAAUUACAUGAUUUUAAAUCUCAGCGGAAUCCAGUAUGACUAUGCCAAAUUUGACCACAAUGUCAAAGAGUUCCCAUGGUCUGAUCAUUACCCUCCUCCAAUUGAGCUCUUAUUUAAAGCUUGCCAAGAAAUGCAUUUUUGGCUUGCUGAGUCCAUUGACCAUAUUGUCGCCGUUAACUGUCGAGCUGGUAAAGGUCGGACUGGGACCCUAAUUUGUUGUUAUUUGAUAUACUCAGGCCGAUUCUCAGAUCCAGAUCAAGCUCUAACUUACUACCGAAGAAAGCGCUUUGUCAAAGGUGGUGGGGUCCAGCAGCCCUCACAAAUCCGCUACGUCCGAUAUUUUGCAGAAAUUUUCCAUGGGAGGGUCAAAUGUCCUGUAGUCUCCAAACUCACAAAAAUCCGUCUCCUUACCUCCCCGCACUCUGCUGGUAUUUCUUGCAAGCCAAUUAUCGAAAUUUCAAGCGGAAAAACUGCACUAUACACAAACAAAGCAGACCACAGAGAAGACCAAAAAAGCAUAUUGGACUCAUGAGAAGACAUCAGAUACCAUGAGAUCUUUAAUGACGAGCUUGCUUUACAAGGGGACAUUUUGUGUAAAAUAUCCCAUUGGGGAGCUAUAAAACAAAAAACUGUCUGUAGGUUUUCCUUUAAUACAGGAUUUAUUGAGCCUAGCGGCAUUUUAAGACUUGAAAAAAGUGAAAUUGACCCUUUUAAAUUUGCGUAUAGCAAAAAAGUUUCAGACCAAUUUGCGAUUGAAUUGUCAUUUGAAGAAAUGUGCCCGUGCACUCCAGAUAUGGCAAUUAAUGAUAGAUGUCAAGCUUGCUAUUCGAAGCUUGACCCUGAUGAAAUUAUGAAAUGGCGAAAUAUAAAGAAAAUUAUCUUUGAGAGAAUCAAUGAAAAUUCGUCAAGGCUGCUGUUUGGGAAUACAAGGCUCGAUGAUAUUGAUGAAGUUCUUAAUCAAGAAAUUACUCCUACAAAUUCGUGCGAUUGUGAGGAGGAAUAA